UGGCCGAGUGAACCUAUAAUUGACUUAACAGGUAGUACAAAACACCAGGGCAACGAGUAAGACGGGCUAGCGAUAACUAGUCAUUACGUUAUGUCACAGGAUAACCUACUUCUAAAGGGUUUUGACGAGGAACCGAGCAAGUAACUUCCAACAUAAGAGAUCACAAGAUGAUUCGUAGACAUAUCUUUUGCGCCUUCAUCGUGUUUUUGACUCUCUCCUCGUACCAGUCCCUCACAGAAUCUUGUGUAAUAUACAAGUUUGCCAAACAGGAGGGUCUGGCUCUAGUCAAUCACACGAUCAAGACAAUUUCCAGAGGAUUGGUUGAAGUGUGCUGGUCUGAAUGUGUCGGGCUGCCUGAGUGUUAUUCCAUCAAUGUUCGCCAAGUUUUUGGUAUCAUUUUUGAAUGUGAGCUGAACAAUUCGACCAAACAAGCGAGUCCCGAAGACCUGGUAUCUAGACCAGGAUCUGAUUACCACGACAUGGUGGAUGUAGAAUCCAAGUACUGCAGUCUGUAUGAAUGCGCAAGAAAACAAGUUUUAUCAGACGGAUGGUUUGGAUUAGGUUUAUUCUCUCUUAAACUUUUCACUGAAAAUAAAAACUGGGCCGCUGCAAGUGCAUACUGCAAGUCACUUGGAGCUGAACUCGUUUCCAUCAAAAGUUCCUACAAAGAUAGCUUUAUUUAUAACGUCUUGGUGAAGGAAGUGUUAAACGCUGUGACCAGUAAUAAGAGCAGUGGUGCUUCUCAGCCAGCUGAUUAUUACAAGGCACUGGAUGGACAUGAUGACGAUGUCUUACUUUUAAUCGAUGCAAGCUAUAAAAACUCCGAAGGUGAAACAGCUCUUUCCGUACCACAAAUGUCCUUUGCUAAAGUACCAGCAGUCCCGUUCAAUCCCGAGGGAUUCACGAUAGCGUUUUGGGUUAAAAUUGGCCCAUCUCCAGGAGAUUGGGAAAACACCAUUUUUGGUGAUGUCCCCGCUAAUGACAAAACAUUUCAAAUAAAAUGGAAGCUACAGGAAGAACAACUGGUCUCUUGGCAUUUUACGCCACAACAGACUAAUUACGCGACUAUAAAAUCAGGGAGCGGAAAGAUUCCUAGGUCUAAAUGGGAGCAUAUCGCCAUAACCUUUAACAGAACAAAAGUCAAAGGUAAAAUAUAUCUUGAUGGGAAGACUGUGAGCACCACAUUGACGCCCAAUUCAUUCAAGGCAAGUGCUACGACUAAGAUUUCCCCGCGUGCACAUUAUAAGAUAGGAGCAAAGAAAGCUGUGUCUUCAACCAAUGAAAACCCCUUCAACGGCUUGAUGAGACAUCUCAUGGUGUUUAACAGGGAACUGAGCACUGACGAGAUCAAAAUUAUCAUGAAAUGGAGUGAAUAUGGUCCCUGGAUUGGUUUGAGUGAUGACACAAGUGACAAGAAGUUUGCUUGGUCAGACGGUUCGCCAAUUGGUCAGUACGUGCCAUUGCCCAUCUAUAAACCCAACAAGGCAUCAAAAAGUAAAUUGACCUGUGUUGCCAUGAAAAAAAAUGGAAAGUGGAUAAAUACAAAUUGCAAUCAAGAAAGGCCAUUCGUCUGCCAGAAGCCAAUAACCUAAAGAUCCAAGAUACAGGACGCAAUGUAGUAACAAUGACUUUAUUAAAAGUAUCCGUCUUCCAGAAGCCAGUAACCUAAUGCCCGUCAAAGAAACAAGACACAAUCAAGCCACAAUGAACUUAGAAUAAUAAAUAUACCACAGGUUAGUUAGCAAUGCAUUGGAAAGGAUAAUUAUCCGUCUCCAGCAGCCAGUAGCUUAAUUAAAGGUCCAAGAAACGGUUGUAUCGUCGUGUACGGGAAUUGUCAGGGGAAUUCUAUUCAAAUUCAAAUUUCGAGUAAUCGGCUAGUAGUCGUACCCUACAAUAACAUCAAUUAAACUAUAAUAAAUAUCUAUGUGCACAUGCUGAUGAUACAUCGUUUGAAUAUGACUAAAAAAUGAGACCACCCAACCGAAUGGUCUAGGGGUUAGGGUUAGGGUUAG